AGCGUGUUCUGUGGAUCCAAUGAGGUGACGACGCGUACCGGGCCCGAAUGCAGGAGCAGGCUGUUGAUAAGGAAAAGUGAAAACUCGUAAGAAGCCGAACAUCAAGACAGGACUCGGUGGAUCAAAGAGAGACGGCGGUUCGGUUCUGGUUCUGGUGUUAGCUUAAAGUGAUCAUGGUGGAGAUGAACGUGGUGCUGCUCACCUGCCUGCUGCUGGCAGUGCUGCCCUCACACACAGGUGGUGUAGCCGUCAUGUCGGUGGACCUGGGCAGUGAGUGGAUGAAGAUGGCCAUCGUGAAACCUGGCGUGCCGAUGGAGAUUGUUCUGAACAGGGAGUCGAGGAGGAAGACGCCCGCAGUCGUGUGCCUCAAAGACAACGAGCGACUCUUUGGCGACAGUGCUUUAGGAGUGUCUGUGAAGAACCCCAAGCUGGUUUAUAGGCACCUCCAAAGCAUUCUGGGUAAAAAGCACAACAACCCUCAAGUGGAUCAGUUCCAGAGGUGGUUUCCUGAGCACCAGCUGCAGGAGGACCCUGGGAGAGGCACCGUUUCUUUUAAGAGCUCGCAAGCUGAACUCUACACCCCUGAGGAACUCCUCGGCAUGGUGCUCAAUUAUUCACGUGCACUGGCUCAAGACUUUGCAGAACAGCCCAUCAAAGAUGCAGUCAUCACUGUUCCAGCUUUCCUGAACCAGGCGGAGCGCCGGGCGGUCCUGCACGCCGCUCACAUGGCCGGCCUGAAGGUCCUGCAGCUCCUCAACGACAACACCGCCGUCGCUCUGAACUACGGCGUGUUCCGGAGGAAAGACAUCGACGGCACGGCCAAGAACAUCAUGUUUUAUGAUAUGGGCUCGGGCAGCACCACUGCCACCAUCGUCACCUAUCAGACGGUCAAAACCAAGGAGACGGGCACGCAGCCGCAGCUCCAGAUCCGAGGAGUCGGGUUUGAUCGGGGGCUCGGGGGAUUUGAGAUGGACCUGCGACUGCGGGACCACCUGGCCGGACUUUUCAACAAGCAGAAGAAGAGUGAGAAAGAUGUGAGGGAGAACCCGCGGGCCAUGGCCAAGCUACUGAAAGAGGCCCAAAGGCUGAAGACGGUGCUGAGUGCAAACAUAGACUUCAUGGCCCAGGUCGAGGGCUUGAUGGAUGACAUCGACUUCAAAGCAAAGGUGACCAGGACUGAAUUUGAAGAUCUGUGUGCUGAUCUGUUUGAAAGAGUCCCUCAUCCGGUGCACGAGGCCCUUACAGCGGCAGAGAUGAAGCUGGAAGAAAUCGAGCAGGUUAUUUUAGUUGGAGGCGCGACUCGUGUCCCGAAGGUCCAGGAAGCGCUGCUGAAAGCUGCCAACAAAGAGGAGCUGGGAAAAAACAUCAACGCAGACGAGGCGGCAGCGAUGGGUGCUGUGUACCAGGCUGCUGCGCUCAGCAAGGCCUUCAAGGUCAAACCCUUCCUGGUUCGAGAUGCGACCGUGUUCCCCAUCCAGGUGGAGUUUUCGCGGGAGGUGGAGGAGGAUGGUGUGAAAACGGUGAAACACAACAAACGCAUCUUGUUCCAGAGGAUGGCGCCGUACCCCCAGCGUAAAGUCAUCACCUUCAACCGCUACAACACUGACUUCACGUUCAACAUCAACUACGGAGACCUCCAGUUCCUGAGUCAGACCGGCCUCAGUGUGUUUGGCUCUCCUAACCUGACCACGGUGAAGCUGUCUGGAGUGGCUGCUGGCUUCCAGAAACAUGCAGAUGCGGAGUCCAAGGGAAUCAAAGCUCAUUUCAACAUGGAUGAAAGUGGCAUCCUCCUCCUGGAUCGU